GCGGAUAAAACGGUCACAAAGCUGGAAAUGGUUUUGUCUGUAUUUCACGAUCCUCAACAUCGUUUUGAACGUAACAGAAUCGAAAGUGCUAAAGAGAAUUGUAUCGUUCAUUUGGUAAUUCAAAGUACUUCGAAGAAAAAGUUCUACGUUGAUAAGGGAGAAGUUUUCAACUCAGUUGACGAGCUAAUCAAACAUUUUAUAAAGAAUAUUGUGACAGUUAGAGGGAAGAAAGUACAGCUUAAAAAGGGAAUUACACUGGCUCGGUGGGAGUUUGGAUUAAAAACCGUGAAGGUUGGUGAACGAAUAGGUGUGAAAGGAGGUUGCGAAGUGUGCAAAUGCACAAUAAAAGUGAACGGAAACGAGAUAGAGGCAGCUGUGAUUAUUGUAAGCUCAUUUGCAUUGGUAACAGGGUUGUCCCAACAAUCUUGGGAUGUUUUGAAAGAUAAAGCACGUCAAUGCCGCUUACUUCGAGAACUGAGACAUCCUUGUGUUGUGCAAUUUUACGGUGUCAGUAUGUUGUCACCUCCAUGUCGAUUUCUUUGUGAAUAUGUGCAAGGCGAAAAGUUAAAUUUGUAUCUCAGUAGAUGCAAAGGAAACCUAAAGAAGGACGAGCUACUACGAAUGACAAUCAGCGCCGCUUGGGGUUUGGACUACCUCCAUUCGAAAGGGAUCCUUCAUCGUUGCCUCACCGCUAAAAAUUGCUUUUAUAACCAAAGAGUGAAACUCCCAGUUCGCUGGAUGGCUCCCGAAACGGUGGAAGCAUUUCGAUUCUCACAGAAAUCCGAUGUUUACACUUAUGGGGUCUGCAAACGAUAUGUGCUAAUUUAUGAAAUUUUUUCGCAAAAACAGCCAUAUGAAGGACAAGCAAUUCAGGCUGCAGAGGUUAAUUUCGCUUUCAUCUUUGCGAUGGGAUUACAGAUAAAAAAGGGCAAUGUCAAUGUAUUUCCUGACAAAACACCAAAAACUAUUGCAAAUUAUGUUAUGGAGAAGUUGUGGGACAUGCACCCUAGUAAUCGGCCUAACAUGCAGGCUGUAGUAAAAUUUCUAUCGGAAUACACUGGAAUGGAACUGGAGAUAAAGGAGCAAGGAGAGGGAAAAAUUCACCAGAGCGCCACAGCACCGUUUAUGAAUGAUGUGGAUUUUGUAACACCUAAGACUGAACUUGAAGCUGAAAGCAAUGUGUUCGAGUCAGUGAUGAUUGGGGGAGGAAAACGCACGGAACCAACAAAACCACUGCCCAAACCUAAAGAGUCUCCUAAACCCAUCAAAGAACCGCCACCUGCAAAGGAAGCGAAAAAGGACGAGAACUUGGUGAUGCAGUAUAUACCUACACCUGAAGUGGAAGCAAUUUCAGGAAAGCUGGAUAAGACGCAGGAGUCCGAAAGUACCGGGCCGGGAUAUCUCGCUUCAUUUUUCAAUAAAACUGGGGAUCUAAUGUUCAAUGUUGGCCAUGCGCUUGUAAAGGCCAUACAAGAAGAGGCUCUUGGAACUACGACCGAG